AUGAGACUUAUAAGUCCUUUUGUUCUUGUUCUUUCACUGUCUUGUUUCUUCUUAAAUGUUUGUAUGGCUCAGGAAAGAACUCUCUUUUCCGGCAGGCUCAAUGAUUCCGAGACGAUAGUCUCCAACUUUGGCACGUUCAGGUUUGGUUUCUUCAGCCCUGUUAAUUCCACAAGUCGGUAUGCUGGCAUAUGGUAUAACACUGUAUCUGUACCAACUGUUAUAUGGGUUGCUAACAAAGAUAAGCCGAUCAAUGAUUCCUCUGGAGUUAUUUCGGUUUCUCAAGAUGGAAAUCUUGUAGUUACGGAUGGUCAGAGGCGUGUUCUCUGGUCAACUAACGUCUCUAGUCAAGCCUCUGCCAAUUCUACCGUCGCUGAGCUUUUGGAUUCAGGGAACCUCGUGCUAAAAGAGGCGAAUACCGAUGUGUAUCUUUGGGAGAGUUUCAAGUUUCCUACUGAUUCUUGGUUGCCAAAUAUGUUGGUUGGGACAAACGCAAGAAGCCCUGGAGAGAACAUCACCAUAACUUCUUGGAAAAACCCUUCGGAUCCUUCACCUGGAAGCUACACUGCUGCGCUUGUUCUUGCUGCGUAUCCGGAGCUUUUCAUUCUCAACAACGAUAAUAAUAAUGCUACCGUGUGGCGUAGUGGCCCGUGGAACGGGCAAAUGUUUAACGGUUUACCAGAUGUGUAUGCAGGGGUCUUUCUUUACAGAUUCAUAGUUAAUGAUGACACCAAUGGAUCUGUCACCAUGUCAUAUGCUAAUGAUUCAACUUUGAGGUACUUUUACAUGGAUUAUAGAGGAUCCGUGAUCCGGAGAGAUUGGAACGAGGCUAGGAGAAACUGGACGGUGGGGUUACAAGUACCAGCAACCGAUUGUGAUCUUUACAGAAGAUGUGGCCAAUUUGCGACCUGCAAUCCUCGGAGGAACCCGCACUGUGCUUGCAUUAGAGGGUUUAGACCAAGGAACCUCACAGAAUGGAACAGUGGAAACUGGAGUGGUGGAUGCAUAAGAAGGGUGUCUUUGCAGUGUAAUAAUGGGACUGCUGAUGGGUUUGUGAGGCUGAGGCGAAUGAAAUUACCUGACUUCGCAAUAAGAUCUCCAGCGAGUGAACCAGAAUGCUUAAGGACUUGUUUGCAGACAUGUUAUUGUAUUGCUUGUGCUCAUGGCUUAGGUUAUGGCUGCAUGAUUUGGAAUGGAACCUUAGUUGAUUCGCAGGAGUUGUCUGUUGGUGGAAUGGAUCUUUAUAUCCGUCUUGCACAUUCAGAAAUCAAAACACCGGACAGAAGACCGCUUAUGAUCGGUACAGCAUUGGCAGGCGGUAUUCUUGUUGUGGCAGCUUGUGGUCUUUUGGCACGACGGAUUGUCAUCAAGAAAAGAGCGCGAAAGAGAGGAACAGAUGCAGAACAGAUUUUUGAGAGAGUGGAAGCUUUAGCUGGUGGUAAUAAAGGGAAGUUGAAAGAGUUACCAUUGUUUGAGUUUCAAGUGUUAGCUGCAGCAACUGAUAAUUUCUCUCUCAGAAAUAAGCUCGGACAAGGCGGUUUUGGUCCCGUAUACAAAGGGAAGUUGCCAGAAGGGCAAGAGAUUGCUGUGAAGAGGCUGUCACAGAAAUCAGGACAAGGGCUUGAGGAACUUGUUAAUGAAGUGGUUGUGAUUUCUAAGUUACAACACCGAAAUCUGGUGAAAUUACUUGGUUGUUGUAUUGCAGGAGAAGAAAGGAUGUUAGUUUAUGAGUUCAUGCCCAAGAAAAGCUUAGACUUUUAUCUAUUUGACUCAGUGAAGGCGAAGCUUCUUGAUUGGAAGACGCGGUUUAAUAUCAUCAAUGGAAUAUGUAGAGGUCUUCUGUACCUUCACAGAGAUUCUAGGCUGAGAAUCAUUCACAGAGAUCUAAAAGCUAGCAACAUUUUGUUAGAUGAGAACCUGAUUCCGAAAAUAUCUGAUUUCGGGUUGGCGAGGAUUUUUCCGGGGAAUGAAGAUGAAGCAAACACACGAAGAGUCGUUGGAACAUACGGGUAUAUGUCACCGGAAUAUGCAAUGGGAGGAGUGUUUUCAGAGAAAUCAGAUGUUUUCAGCUUAGGAGUGAUAAUCUUAGAGAUUAUUACUGGAAGAAGAAACUCAAAUUCGACUCUUUUAGCUUAUGUAUGGUCAAUCUGGAACGAAGGGGAGAUUGAUGGUCUAGUAGAGCCUGAGAUAUUUGACAAACUCUUUGAGAAAGAAAUCCGCAAAUGUGUUCACAUUGGACUUUUGUGUGUGCAAGAAGCUGCUAACGAUAGGCCAAGUGUUGCUACAGUGUGUUCCAUGCUCAGCAGCGAGAUUGUAGACAUACCAGAACCGAAACAGCCUGCUUUUAUAUCAAGGAAGGGUGUUCCAGAAGCUGAGUCCUCUGAGAACAGUGACCUUAAAGCCUCUAUCAACAAUGUCAGCAUUACCGAUGUCACAGGGCGUUAG